AUGUUUCCUGAAAAUUCAUUACUCUCAGAUAUCUACGCGACUGGAAUCUCCGGCGUCGUCGCGUUCUCGUGCCUAGGUUUCUGGGGAGAGAUUGGCAAGCGCGGUAUCUUUGACCAGAAACUCAUCAGGAAGCUCGUGCACAUAAACAUUGGCCUUGUUUUUAUGCUUUGCUGGCCACUCUUCAGUUCUGGACUCCAAGGAGCGCUUUUGGCUUCUCUUAUACCUGGACUCAAUAUUAUAAGGAUGCUGCUUCUUGGCUUUGGUGUCUACCAAGACGAAGGAACUAUCAAGUCUAUGAGCAGACACGGAGAUCGCAGGGAACUACUCAAGGGACCGCUUUAUUAUGCACUCUCCAUCACAUCGGCAUGCAUCUUCUAUUGGAAGACAUCUCCAAUAUCCAUUGCAGUGGUAUGCAACCUCUGCGCUGGAGAUGGGAUGGCUGACAUUGUUGGGAGGCGGCUUGGAACAGAGAAGCUUCCUUACAACAGAAACAAGUCAGUAGCUGGUAGCAUUGGUAUGACAAUCGCAGGGUUCUUAGCAUCUGUUGCGUAUAUGUACUACUUUGCUUCGUUUGGUUACAUAAAGAGUAGCGGGUGGGAUAUGAUUAUUCGAUUCUUCGUCAUCUCUAUAGCAUCGGCUUUUGUGGAAUCACUCCCUAUAAGCACUGACAUUGAUGACAAUCUCACCAAGAAACGCUUUCCGUUCAACGAAAUUAGUGCCCGUGGCAAGUCACGAUCCCUCGUUUCUCCGCCGAGUGAAGUUGUACAGAUCACAAAGGCGAAAAGCUCUCUCUCCCUCCCUCCGUUCACCGCCGCGACUCAGCCGUCUACUAUAGUGAAAUCGCCUCUGUUAACUUCCUCUCGAUCAUCGGUUCUAAUUCCUUCAUCUUCUCUAAAGGAAAUACGCUUUUUAGGGCUCGUGAUAGGGAUACAGUCUCUAAUAGUAAUUGUAAUCGCCAUUUCACGAUUUGUUUGUUUCGCAGAGGCAUCUCGUGUUUUAGAGGAUUCAAUGUCUAAUGCAGAGGAUACUAAAUCUUCUCAUGAUCAGCUCUCGUCCCAGGUUUUUCUUGAUCUUGUGGACUCAGUGAUUGCUGAUGUGGCGUCUGAGUGUCACCGUGUAGCAAGACUAGGGCUUGACCGAGACUUGGAGGUAGUUGAAGAAGAGUUAAGGUUAUCAGUUGAAGCGCGUGCCAAAGUCGCAGAUCCUAGCAACAACCUCGAGACCAACACUAAAUACGUCGUUGAUAUAUUUGGUCAGACUCAUCCUCCUGUAGCUAAUGAAGUGUUUAACUGUAUGAACUGUGGGAGGCAAAUCGUUGCGGGGAGGUUUGCUCCUCAUUUGGAGAGAUGCAUGGGGAAGGGAAGAAAGGCACGCGCGAAGGUGACCAGGAGCACAACUGCUUCCCAGAACCGGAACACACGACGCAACCCAAGUGAUAACGGGUUAGCAAGUGGUCCACCUGGUUUUGAAGAGAAUGUGAGAAGGACGACCUAA